AUGGAAUAUCUGCAAUUUCGUUCCGGUGGUAAAAUGCCUAUUGUCGGCUACGGGUCAUACCUGGUAAGUACAAGAGAUCGAAACAACUGCAGGAGUUAGAAACCUGAAUGUAUUUCCAAAAUCAUAAUUCUUAUUAUAAAUGUGCCAUAAAGGACACAUCAUAUUAAAAACAAUUAAGUUUUCCAAGAAAAACUGUAGGAUUUAACUAGGAAAAUGGACAUUUUGGGAAUCGACAAUUAAACAUUUUCUGAACAUUCAACCAGCGAUCCUUAUCUAUACGAAAAUUGAGUGUAAAUUUUAUUUCGGGGGUAUUUUUUUUUUUUAUCGUACAUUAAAGAAUUAUAAAACGCUAAUAUCAAAAAUUGUUUUGGAAUAUUAAAACUUUUUAUUUAAUAUUAUUUAAUAUUUAAAUUUAUAUUCUGUACAUAUAUACUAAAACUAUGUAAAAUCAUUAUAAGUUGAUUUUGAUUUCAACAAUCAACUCGUAUUUUGAAAUUCACAUAACGAAAUGUAAUAUUUUCCGAAAAAUGUUGUCAUGUUAUCAUGCAUUGAUUUUGUCAGGAUUUUUCUCAACAAACGGGAAAAACGGGAAAGUAUACGAAAUGUAGGUAUUAGUUGUAAAAUAUGUUGGCCUUUUUUUCCUGUGAACAACUUUUCUACAAGCAAUUUUUCUCCAAUUUACAAUGAUAGCACAUUUUCUGAAAGGAAAUCUAAAUAGGAAGGUAUUUAAGGGGGUUUAUUUUCAAUUUUCCUAAAAAUUUUCUCAACAAAUGUGAAAAACCGGGAAAAACGUAGGAAAACGAAAAUCAGUAUAAUAUUAAACAAAUAUUAUUAAAGAAAAUAUAUAAUGUCUAUUUAAUAUUAUUUUACCAUAAUAUGACAUAUAUUAUAUUGUUGACAAAGCAUAUCACUAUCAAUUGAACUCCGUUCAGAAUAGUUUUUUCGUCAGAAAUGGUUUAUCGAUCCUUACAGAUUCAAAUUAAUUGCCCCUCUAUAUCUUACCUUCCCAACUUCUUAUCAAUGACAGUAGCUGCACACGUCCUUAUUAUUCUAGGACACAAUUUUUUUUUAUAAGAGUAUUAAAAUAGAAUUUUGACAAAAAUCAUAAACCUUAAUAUAACCUUUCAAAUAUGUAUAUAUAUAAUUUAAGUUACUUCGCUCCGAAACUUUUUUCGUUAGUAACAGUUUUUCGUUGCUUACAGGUAUAAAUGUAUUAUAGCUUCUCGAUCUCCUACUUGCAACAGUUACACACCCGUCCCCAGUAUCAGCUAUUUUUACAUUUGUUUUGUUUCUAUAUUUGUUCAACGAUUCAAUAAAAGAAUCAAAUCGUAUAAUCAGUAUAAGUAGAUACUCAAAACCCGAAUAUAUUAAUCCGUUGCUAAUCAAACGUCCUUUACUGCAGCCGUGUGUACGCACAACAAAUAUUUGACUACCCGAUGCUACUGCUGCUGCAGGUAAACCAAGCUCCUUUCAAUUAUAAUACUCUGACUCGCACCUAAUGCAAUUCUCACGAAGAACGUUUUUGUUCAAUUAAGUAUAUAGGUAUACACAUUUAUAUAUAAUAUUCUCUUUUUCAGAGUGUGACGUAUAAUAAAUGCUCUCGUGUAUCUUUUAAUCUCAUAUAAAUUUGAGUGCUGUUGACUGACGAACGGUAUAUAGGUAUCAUACAUUAUACUCGUGUAUAUAUAGCGUUUCUCGAGUUUGUUCGCGAGUAAAUACAGUACUUCAACAGUAUACCUACUUAUUCGAACAUUUACGUAUACGGUAUAAUAUACUUACUGAAUUCUUCCAAAAAAUUUCGACUUGUCUUAAAAUAAAACACGCCGGUUCUGGGUAUUCCGCCGCUGCCGCCGCCACCGAAUAUACAGCAGCAGUGGCACCAGUGAGAUAUAAAGCUGCAAAAAAAACCAAUGUUACACGAUGAUUAUUAUUUACGAAACGAGCAACAAAAAAAAAAAAAUGAAUACUAUAUAUAUAUAUCAAUCAUACAUAUCUCCGCUGACACCGCCGACGGAAUACUUAGGCAGGUGGGUAGGUGAGUUUUUUUUUUCUUAUAUUUUUUAAUGUCAAAAAGAAACCGCGGUGAAAGUUUUAGAUACUUCAUAAGAACGCGUGGAUAUGCCUUUGAGAAAGAAAGAUAAAAAAGAAGAGGUUUGUGUUAUUUACAACUGAAGGAACUUCGGGUUUUAAACUUAUUACGUCUGGCAAACAACGAUAUUUUUAUUAAAACAAUUAUUGUUGCCGAUCAGUCAACCGUAUACCCAGUAAAAACUGUUUAAUAAUAAUGUAAAAUCGUAUAUAUACCGCAGUUAGUAGAAAUUUAUUUAUUUUUUUUUUUUUUUCAUAUUUUUUAAUGUCUGUAUUUAUUAUUAUUAUUAUUAUUUUAAUAAAAAUCUUUCUUCUUUCGUAAUUCUUUUUUUUUUUUUUUUUUGAAAGAGUUAAAAAGAAAAACGGUUGCGGAAAAAUAUUUUUAAAAUAAUAUUAUCCUGAGUUGCAAAAAAAAAAAAAAAUGAAAUAUAAAAACGAAGGUCACCGUAAAUAGAAUAUUUAAUAUUUAUAACGUUUACAUAAUACAAUGAAUUCCGCUCAAUGUGAUCACUGGUUUAUAGGAUCGACCGUUUAUUGAAAUCAAAAACUAAAAUCCAAAACCAAAUCUUAUGUUAUUAAUGUUAAAUUAACUUUUUAUUAGUAUCACCAAAUACCGAACAAUUGAAUCGCUUAUAUGAACAUUCUUGUCGUUUUUAUGGUAUUGUAUGUUUUUAUUAUAGUUAUAUGUAUUUAUAUUGUAUAUUUUUAUUGUGUGUUCCAAAAGUUACAGGUACAAUGUACAUACGUUCAUAUGUAUUUAAUUUUAAAUAUAUGUAUAUUAAUUGAAUAUAUAUUUAAAUUUCAGGCUAAUAUAAAAAUGAAAUUAGAAGAUUCUCAAGCACAAUCGAAAUUAGAUAGCUUCUUUAUUUUAUUUUUAGUUAACGUAUAAAUAAAGAAUCAUUAAAAAAAAUGUGUAUGGAAUCAAUCGGUUAAUAGAAUCAAAAUGACCUGAAUCAAUGUGAUCGCAUUAAGCAAAACUCACUGUACUAUCUAAAACGUGUCAAAAACACACGUCUUAAGCCAUUUCUUAGUUAAAACAAGCUUAUACGAAAUCCAAUUCUAUAAAAUAAAGAAGACUUGUAUUGUGCAACAUUGGUUUUAGAUUUUCGAUAUCACUAUUACGAAAUAAGUUAUUCAGUUUUGAACAAUUUAAAAUAGGUAUCAAAUUUGUUAACAGUAAUAUAUUUCUUUAUCUUUAAAAUAAAUGAAAAAUUAAAACUAACAUUCCAUAAAUUAAUGUUCUCUUUUUUAUUUGGUGAACAUUUGAUUUCUUAUUGCGCUAGUUGUUUUUUUUUUUUUAUCACGUAAAAUAGUUAUUACAAUCAAUUUCAGGCGCUCUCUUAAUAUAAGGCUAUAAUAUCUUCACUCCUUCCUAUCACUUUUUGAUAAAACUUCGAAUUCAAUUCAUCUUGUACUCUGUCCGUCCAUCCCUGUUCGUCGUUCCCUGUUCGUCGUUCAUUGGGUCUCUCUUAGCGUUUGUUCUUUAUCUAGAUAGUUUUAUCUCAGGUAUAUGAAACUAUGCUGUUCGCUAACUCAUUUUUACAAAUUGUUUUUUGCAGGCUGUAGGCCUCGAAUUAGAAGUAGCGUUGAACAAAGCCCUGGAAGCUGGAUACAGAUCAAUUGACACGGGCAGUAAUUAUGGGAACGAACGAACGAUUGGUAAAGUACUAAAAGAAUGGAUUUCGUCUGGCAAAUUGACCAGAGACGAGUUGUUUGUCACCACUAAGGUAGCUUUCAAUUUUUUGUCGUGAUUUGAAAGCCUACCCCACAAAAAAAAAACCCCAAAACCUUAACUCUGUUUAUUUUAGCUACCUUUUUAUGGAAAUCGCGCAGAGGAUAUAGACAAAUAUAUUAAAAAAUCACUAAAUAAACUUCAGUUAAAGUACUUAGACAUGUAUAUGGUACACACUCCGUUUGCUGUAUUUAAAGACGGAAAAACUGAAUACACUGAAAUGCGAAGAGAUGAUAGUACGGAUCACCUGAAAAUAUGGAAGGUAAUAAUUCGAUUCUAAAGUAUUCUGAUCGAAAUAUUUUCUCAUUAUGCUAUACCACAGUAUAUAUUACUAUUAUAAACAUGUGUUUUCGAUACGUACGUUACUGUUCCUGUCUAAAAUCUAAAUUAUCGUGUAAAUAAUUUAAUGAAUGAGGGGGUGAAAUUUUUAACCUUGCGUCCGGGUGCAAAAUCGAAACGACAUGGCUUUGCUAGUGCACAUCGCCGCGAUCUUUUCACCACCGGUUAAUAAUGAUCCACAAACCACUUUGGAAUAAAAUUCCUUUUUCCGAUCGAUAAUAAAUUUUAUUAGAGUAGUCUAGAGGUGAUCUAGGGGUCAUAUCUAAAGUUUGGUAGUAAUCGGAAGAAUCUCAUACCAGUUUUUUUGAAAGGGAUUUAUUGAUAUCAAACUACAGAGGGAACCUGUGUAGGGUUUCAAGCCAAAUUUGUUGGCAUUAAAAUCACUUUCUAAUCACCAAAUCCCAUUAAAGUAUAAUUUAUCCAAAAGUCAGAAGGAGGGGGUGUAUUUAAUAUAAAAUGCUUCUAAUAGAUCUAUGCAUAAUAGUGAAGAUCCCACCAAUGUACGUUGAAAAACAACGGUGCUUGUUUUCAAACCAAAAAAUGUUUCGCAGAGAAUAGUUGGUAGCGAAUUCAACGGCAAUGAAACGAUGGCAGCGAAAAGUUGACGGCAAAAGAUAUAGACCCUAAUAAUAUUAUCUGACUAAUGAUUAAAUAUUAUAGUUCAGUAGAAAGAUUAUAAACUACAAUAAUAUUUAUAUUUGCAAAAACUUCAAAAAGUUAUAAAAAAUAAAAUAUCAUACUUAAAUAAAUAGUUUCGAACACGAAACAUUUUCUUAAUAUUUAUUUUAAAAAAUUAUAGUUAUAUUUUUCAUUUUAAAUUUAAAGAAAAAAUAAAAAAAAAACUGAAUAUAUUUGCAGUCGGAAGGUAAUCUAAUAAUUUUAAAAAAAAUAUUGAACAGAAUAAAAGUUAUUUCAAGUGUCAAAGAACACCUUGCAUAUAGAAAAUUAAAAAUGUGCAAUAUGUUUACAAUUUGAGUACUAAUCGGUUUAAAGGGAUUUUGUAGGCGAUGGAAGACCAAGUAGACGCAGGAUUAACUAGAGCUAUCGGACUAUCGAACUUCAACGUCCGGCAAAUACAAAAGAUACUGGACCAUUGCCGGAUCCGACCGGACAACGUCCAGAACGAAAUUCANCGAGUCUGGGUAUGA